AUGAUCAGGGCAAAUCACGGAUGGUAUGAAGAGCGCAAAUUAUUGAAAGAGGCAAUCACCAAAACGAACAAAAUAAAGCCAUCUUUUGUGCUAGCACUGGGAGACUUGGCAAAUAAAUUCCCCAUUGAUGAUUUACAAAAUGAGCAGUAUAAAGAUUUAAAAACUGAUUUCGAACAAUUGGAUAAGUCCAUCGAUUUGUAUGUUUUUUGUGGAAAUCAUGAUGUUGGAAAUGAACCAACACACGAGACAAUCAAUAACUUUGAGAAGUUUUGGGGAGAUACUUACUACAGUUAUAUUUACAACAAUUGCGGAUUCAUCAUUUUAAAUUCUACAGUUUUUUUUAACGAUACGCAUGUACAAGAUUUGAAAGAGAAACAAUUUUUAUGGCUGGAAGAAACUCUAAAAAAAAUGGUUUCCAAAAAUGUCAAGCAUAAGUUUUUAUUUUUACAUCAUGCGCUUAUGUAUGACUAUAUUGACGAAGAUGAAAAUAUUGGCCUCAUAUAUGGUGAGAAAUUUCGUAAUUAUUCAGAGAAAAAUAAAUUUCACAUAAAGAAAGAAACCAGAAUCGUUAUCUACGACAUGUUAAAAAAAUACAAAGUCAGUCAUGUAUUUUGUGCGCAUUUGCAUGCCAAUAGGGAGAAAAAUAUCGAUGCCAAUAUAAAACAAAUAACGAUUUCCGCCGUGGGGAUGCAAGCGGCAAAUGAUCAAUCCGGUCUCAUGAUUGUCCAGGUAGCUGAAGAGGGCGUGGAUUAUAAAUACUAUCCGUUCGAGUUCGUCCCGAGUUUUGUAAAGGUUUAG